AUGGGCAGUCGCGACGGCCCCCUCUGCGCGGCGCAACCCGCGGUGGCCGAGGGCGGCCCGGUCCGCGAGCCGCUGCAGCUGCUGGAAGUGUCCCCCCGCAAGAGGCUGACCGCCGGGCCCGAGCACGACCCAUGCGGCAGCCGCCCUGCGCCCGAGGGCGCCGGGCCGGGCGCAGAGCAAGGCCACUCGGCCGGUGGGGGCGGAUGGUGCCGUCACUGCCACACGAAGCUCGCCGAGCUCAAGCGACAGGCCUGGAAGCUGGUCAGCGGGCCUGGGACACCCCUCCGGGACCCCUGCCUCUCGGCUCUGCUUCUGGACAAGCUGCCUGCGUGUCGCCCGGAGGCCGAACGCCGCUGCGAUGUCUGCGCCACCCACCUGACCCAGCUCACGCGGGAGGCCCUGCAGCUGCUGCAGGCGCCCACCAGCCGCGAGGACACCGACGCCCCCCACGGAGGCCCCAGCCUCGCGCCCCCCGGCCCCAGCACCGCCCCCAGCCUGAGGGAUGGACCGGCGCUGGCGGGCCCCGCGGGGAGGCAGUCGGGCCGCGCGGGGCCCGACAGAAGGAGGGGGCCGGCCUGGCCGUCGGGGCCCAGCGUCCAGCUGUCCGUGGCGCCUGCCGGCCUGGGUGGGGCCCUAAGCACGGUCACCAUCCAGGCCCAGCAGUGCCUGGAGGGCAUGUGGAGUGUCUCCAGGGUCAACAGCUUCCUGCCGCCGACAUGCCUGGCUGAAGCAGCGGUGGCCGCCGUGGCGGUGGCGGACACGGUCCGGGACGGGCCCCCUUCCGUGGGCUCUGAUGGUGCGUCGAAGACGUGGGGCCUGGUCAGCCCUGCCCCGGGCGCUUCCCCGGGGGGCUCCCCGGGCCCGUCAGCUGCAGCCUCCUUUUUCCUCAGUGGCGCUUCCUGGGAGGCGUCGCACGCUGACGGCGGGAGGACCUCAGCCGCAGCUGGUGGACAUCCCCAGGCGGUCCUGGGCCGGUUCCAGCGGGAGGGGGCGGGUGGCGUGGACGGGAGGCAGGGGCAGGCAGGCCUCAGGGCAGCUGGCCCUGCAGCUAGGGGCACAGGGCGGAAUGGGCCCGAGGGAGCGUCCCUGGGCCACCGGGGAGGUUGGCGUGAGCUGCGGCGGGUGUCCUGGGGGCUCCUGUUGCCCGGGGGCCCCCAGCACAUCAUCUCACUGGUGGUGCCCUCGUGUGCCCAGCUCCCCUUGCCGGGGGUGGGGGGUCCCAGGAGCCUGCGUCUUAUCAGCGUGGCCCGGGGCUGUGGGAAGUGGUGGGGGGAGGCAGGUGGCCGGGGCAUGACAGGGGUGCUGGGCAGGUGGGCACACGUGCCGGCCCACAGCCCCAGGCCAGGCGUGCAGGGCGUGGCCCAGUCCUCCAGCCUCCUGGCGGCCCAGCGGGAGGAAGCCGAGAGUGGGGGCAUCAGGGUGGGCUUCCUGGGGGAGGUGUCCUCUGAGGACGAGGAGAACUGUGUGUGCAGGAAGUCGUCCCUUCAGAACCGGACCACGGGGAGAAACCAGGUCUGUGCCCCUAGCAAGCUGGGCCCUGCAGAGAUGCGCCCCCCACCCACCCCAGGCCACGGAGGGGCAGGCGUCAGGACAGCGCUGAGUGCCCUGCCCCCCGUCCCCCCAUCCCCCUACCCCACGGACUUCAGCGGGGUCCUGCAGCUGUGGCCGCCCCCUGCACCCCCUUGCCUGCUCAGGGCCACCUCCAAGGCCAAGGACAACCCCAGCAGUGUUGGAAAGGUGAAGGUCAUGCUGCGGAUCUGGCCUGCGCAGGGGGCCCAGCGCUCGGCCGAGUCCACGUCCUUCCUCAAGGUUGACCCUCGAAAGAAGCAGGUGACCCUCUACGACCCGGCCGCCGGGCCCCCAGGCAGCACAGGCCCCCGACGCACCCCCACGGCUGCGGUCCCCAAGAUGUUCGCCUUCGACGCAGUCUUCCCCCAGGACUCGGAGCAGGCCGAGGUCUGCUCGGGGACUGUGGCCGACGUGCUCCAGUCGGUGGUCAGCGGGGCUGAUGGCUGCAUUUUCUCCUUCGGCCACUCAAGCCUCGGCAAGUCCUACACCAUGAUCGGGAGGGACAGCUCGCCGCAGAGCCUGGGCGUCGUGCCCUGCGCCAUCUCUUGGCUCUUCAGGCUCAUGGACGAGCGCAGGGAGAGGACGGGCGCCCGCUUCUCCGUCCGCGUCUCGGCCGUGGAGGUGUGUGGCCGGGGCCAGAACCUGCGGGACCUGCUGGCCGAGGUGGCCUCCGGCAGCCUGCAGGACGCCCAGUCCCCGGGCGUGUACCUGCGGGAGGACCCGGCGUGCGGUGCGCAGCUCCAGAACCAGAGUGAGCUGCGGGCACCCACGGCUGAGAAGGCGGCCUUCUACCUGGACGCGGCACUGGCCGCCCGUGAGGACGCCCGGGGAGGCUCCCACGUGCUCUUCACGCUGCACGUGUACCAGUACCGCGUGGAGAAGUGCGGUAGAGGCGGAAUGUCUGGAGGCCGCAGCCGCCUGCACCUCAUUGACCUGGGCAGCUGCGAAGAGGGCCCUGGGGGCCCCCCAUCCCUGUCCUUGUCGGCCUUGGGCAGCGUCAUCUUGGCGCUGGUCAGCGGAGCCAAGCAUGUGCCCUACAGGGAGCACAGGCUCACCGCACUGCUGCGGGAGACCCUGGCCACUGCCAGCUGCCGCACCACCAUGAUCGCCCACGUGUCUGACGCGCCGGCCCGCCAUGCCGAGACGCUCAGCACCGUGCAGCUGGCUGCCCGUGUCCACCGCCUGCGCAGGAAGAAGGUCAAGUACACGUCCAGCUCCUCUGGCGGGGACAGCUCAUGCGAGGAAGGCCAUGCCCGCCGUCCCCCGCACCUGCGCCCCUUCCACCCACGCGCCAUGGCCCCGGACCCCGACCGCCUGGCCGCCAGCUCGCCCGGCGACCCCGACUACUCCUCCAGCAGUGAGCAGUCCUGUGACACGGUCAUCUAUGUGGGGCCUGGCGGGACGGCACUGUCGGACCGCGAGCUCACGGACAGUGAGGGCCCGCCUGACUUUGUGCCCAUCAUCCCCGCCCUGAGCCGCCCCGGUCCCGCCCUGAGCCGCCCUGGUCCCGCCCCGGGCCCGCGGGAGGCCGACCACUUCCGCUGCAGCACCUUCGCGGAGCUUCAGGAGCGGCUGGGCUGCAUUCCUGGCACUGAGGGCCCCCUUGGGGCCCAGGCUGGCCCGGCUCGCGCGGGCAGGAAACCCUUGCUGCCCGAGACUGCAGCCCCCAGGACACCUGUGGGCGCUCCGCUGGCUGCCAGCACGCCUCGUGGCAGCCCCAGCCCAGAUGCCCAGCGGGGUGCCCUGGAGCCCCCCAAGGCUGGCGCUGACCAGAGAGAGGAGGGCAGCACCAGGCCUGAACUGCCCACGCCAGAUAAGGCCAAGGCGGGCGGAGGCGGGAGGCCACUGCCCAGCCCGGCCCCGCCCCCGCCUUGGCGGCCAGAGGCUGGCGGGGCCUCCGUGGAGCCUGGUGGGAGCGAUGGUGCGGGUGCAGUACGGACGCCCCCCGUGGGCAGGAGUGGGCAGGCCGAGCACCCCUGCCCGCCUGCACGUGGCCACCGGCUGGAGCGGGGCCUGCUGACCACCACGGUCACCCUGCAGCAGCCCGUGGAGCUGAAUGGGGAGGAUGAGCUGGUGUUCACGCUGGUGGAGGAGCUGUCUCUGGGGGGGCUGUCCGGCCCCGGGCGCCCCUCCAGCCUGGCCAGCUUCGGCAGCGACUGCUCCCUGCAGGCCCUGGCCUCGGGUUCGAGGCCAGUGAGCAUCAUCAGCAGCAUCAACGAUGAGUUCGACGCGUACACGUCACCGCCCCCCAGCGGGGCCCUGGACGAGGGGGCCUGGGCGGGCGGCAGCCAGAGCUCGUCCGGCAGCUCCUGGCUCAGCGAGGUCAGCGUGUGCACCGCUGACAGCCUUGGCCCCACGCCAGCGGGCCCCCCAGACUCUGUCGGCUCCGAGGUGCUGGCAGGGCCCCCCUCACUGGGCUCCUCCGUCCCGGACGGUGGCUCCCCGGAGGACAGCGGCCUUCAGUGCACAGAGCGCCGCAGACUGGACAGUCCCGGGCCCGCCCGCGGUCCUCGUCCCGCAGAGGAGGCCAUGGCGGCCCCCUGUCGACCUUGCCGGGAGCCGUCUGCCGUGUCUCCCCGGGGGCCAGCCCCCGCACAGACCCUCCACUCCAGCCUGCCCCGCACACCGAGGACUACCUCUGUGGCCAGUCGCGUGGGCUGCCCCCGCCUGGCCGCGGGCCUGCCUGGCCCCGGAGGCCUCUUUGAGGAUCCUUGGCUGCUCCGGGCCGAUGACUGUGGCCCGCCGCCCCUGGCUUCAGCCAGCAGGGCCCCCUGCCCAGCUCCAAUGCUGGCUUCUGCCCGCAGGGUCGUGGACGGCUGUGAGGUGGGCCAGGCGGCCCACAGGCCGGAAGUCGUGGCUCUGAUCCCACCCCUGCGGAGGGGGGCCACCACGCUGGGGGUGAGCACCCCCUCCGCCUCCUUUGGGGACGCCCCGGUGGAGGCAGCGGCCUGCCUGGGCGGCCCCAAGGCCACCCCCGCCAGCAAGAAGAGUGCGGCUCCCAAGGGGGGCUUCUGUGCAAGGCCUGGAGGUGUGGCCCCUCCAGCACCCCCUGUGCGCAAGUCCAGCCUGGAGCACAAGACUGGCCCGGGGCCGUCCUCUCCGCAGGCUGGGAGCCCAGCUUGGCCCGGGGCUGCUGCCUUCCUCCGAGGGGACGGGGAGGCCAGGCCUGGCGGCCGGGCUGACCACUCCAUCCCCAGGGCCACGUCCAGCCUGAAGGCACGGACCGGCAAGGCAGAGGCAGCAUGCCGACUCGCCACUCACGGGUCUCUGGAGCGCUGCGAGAGCCUGGCGCAUGGCAGCAGCAAGGCCAGGGAAGCCCCCAGCCGGCCGGCCCGCGCUGUGCCCCGGCUGGGAGUGCCGCCCACCAGCCCCACGCCCGGGCCCGCGCCGGCCUGUAGGAGCAGCCCCGCCAAGGGCGUGGGGGCCCCCAAGCCCCCCAGCAGCGGGAGCAAGGGCCGCAGUGCAGUGGCCGGCGGGCCCCGGGCCCUGGGCUCUUCGGCGAAGCCAUUGGCCCCCGUGGCGGGUAGGGCCCCUUGCGGCCCCGUGACGGGCCCCAGGGCAGCCCCACGGGCGGCGCCAGGCGUCGGGGCCAAGGCCAGCCGGGGCACCAUCAUGGGCACCAAACAGGCGCUGCGGGCCACCCACAGCCGCGUCCACGAGCUGGCUGCCGGGGGCGCCCGCAGCCGGGGUGGCGCCUCUUGGGGCUCGGCCGACUCGGACAGCGGCAACGACAGUGGCGUGAACGUGUCAGAGGAGCGGCCAGCGCUGCCCUCCCCGUACAGCAAGGUGACGGCACCCCGGCGGCCGCAGCGCUGCAGCAGCGGCCACGGCAGCGACAACAGCAGCGUGCUGAGCGGGGAGCUGCCGCCCGCCAUGGGCCGCACGGCGCUCUUCUACCACAGCGGGGGCAGCAGCGGCUACGAGAGCGUGCUGCGGGACAGCGAGGCCACGGGCAGCACCUCCUCGGCCCCCGACUCCAUGAGCGACAGCGGUGCCGCCUCCCCGGGCGCCCGUUCCCGCAGCCUCAAGUCCCCCAAGAAGCGGGCCACAGGUCUGCAGCGGCGACGGCUGAUCCCGGCCCCCCUGCCCGAUGCCGCUGCCCUGGGCCGCAAGCCCAGCCUCCCUGGGCAGUGGGUGGACCUGCCCCCACCCCUGGCUGGCGCGCUGAAGGAGCCCUUCGAGAUCAAGGUGUAUGAGAUUGAUGAUGUGGAGCGCCUGCAGCGUCGCCGUCUGCCCCCCAGGGAGGGCCCGGCGGAGGGCCUGGUGUGCGUCGGUGCCAGGCUGCGGCUGGCCGAGCGCAGGCUGCAGCGGCUGCAGGAGGUGCAGGCGAAGCGGGAGCUGCUACGCGGGGAGCUGGCCGAGACCCAGGGCCGGCUGAUGCUGGAGCCGGGCCGCUGGCUGGAGCAGUUCGAGGUGGACCCGGGGCUGGAGCCUGAGUCGGCCGAGUACCUUGUGGCCUUGGAGCGUGCCACGGCCGCCCUGGAGCAAUGCGUGAACCUGUGCAAGGCCCACGUCAUGAUGGUCACCUGCUUCGACAUCAGUGCCGCCACCCCUGCCGCCGCCCCGGGGCCCCAGGAGGUGGACGUCUGA